UUGAUCUCUACCAAAAUGUGGAGAGUGCAAAGGAACUUUGGGAUGCUCUUGAGGCCAAGUACAUUUCGGAAGAUGCUUCAAGUAAGAAAUUCCUUGUUAGUAAUUUUAAUUCUUUUAAAAUGACUAAUGAUCGGCCUAUUAUGGAGCAAUUCCAUGAGGUUCAUCAUAUUUUGAACCAAAUAAGAUCACAUGGUAUGGUGAUGGAUGAGGCAAUUGCGGUUGCCUCAAUCAUUGACAAAUUACCAAAUUCUUGGAAAGAUACAAAACAUCUUUUAAAACAUAAAAAGGAAGACAUGUCCAUGGAGCAAUUAGGAACUCAUCUUCGUAUUGAAGAGGGGAUCCGGGCUCAAGAUGGGGUUAAGGAUACUACUCCUAGUAUUCCUAAAUCUACCGUUAAUUUGGUAGAGGUUGGUGGGUCUAGUAAGACCAAGAAAUCCAACAACAACAACAACAAUAACAAAACCAAUGUUGCAAACAAGAAGAGGAAGACCCUCUCUUGUUGGAUAUGCAAUGGUCCUCAUCUUAAGAGGGAUUGUCCUUCUAACAACAAGAAGAAGACAAAGAACACACAACCUAGUGUUGUUCAAAACCAAGGUUGAUGAUUCUUGGUGGAUAGAUUCGGGAGCCUCUAGACAUGUGUGCAAUAACAAGGAUUUCUUCAAGUCUUUGAAAGAUUUGGAUGAUGGUCCAAUCUUGUAUAUGGGGAAUGAUUCUACGGUAAAGGCUAGAGGAAUAGGCCAAGUAGAAUUG